GGGGCCAUUUUGGGUUAUUUUGGGUUAUUUUGGGCCGUUUUGGGUUAUUUUGGGGCGGGCCAGGUGUGAGCCCUGUGUCCCUCCCCAGGAAGAUCCAGGAGGAGUCGCUCCGCACGUACCUGUUCACCUACAGCAGCGUCUACGACUCCAUCAGCAUGGAGACGCUGGCGGCCAUGUUUGAGCUGGACCUGCCCACGGUGCACGGCAUCAUCAGCAAGAUGAUCAUCAACGAGGAGCUGAUGGCCUCGCUGGACCAGCCCACGGCCACGGUGAUGAUGCACCGGACGGAGCCGACGGCCACGCAGAACCUGGCGCUGCAAUUGGCCGAGAAGUUGGGCAACCUGGUGGAGAACAACGAGCGGGUGCUGGACCAGCGGCAGGGCGCCUACGGGGGCUACUUCAGAGACCAGAAAGAUGGCGGAUACCGCAAGGGCGACGGGUACCUGCGGCGCGGCGGCUUCCGGCAGGAGCGCAGCAACUACUGACCCGCACCUGGCCCAGAGAGACACACCUGGCCCACAGCGGGACCCUCACCUGCCCCACAGACCCCUCACCUGCCCCAUGGAUCCCUCACCUGUCCUACAAACCCCUCACCUGGGCAAAGAGUCCUCACCUGCCCCGCAGAGGCCUCACCUGCCCCACAGACCCCUCACCUGCCCCACAGAUCACUCACCUGUUACACCGAGGGUCCUGCCGUCGGAAAGCAAUAAAUGAAUUAUUAAAGAGUG